UUCCCGUCCGUCGGAUUUUCUGCCCCCCGGAAACAAGGAAGUAGCAGUGCAGCAGUCCUAGCAGCAUCUGGCUCAGGAAAAAUCUUUUAUCUUUUAUAGCUGGAUGUCACCCCCUGUAAGGUGUAAAUAGACACAAUAUGGGGCUCCUGUCUGACCCAAACAGGAGAAGGGCUUUGAUCACUCUUCUCACCCGCCUCAAUGCUCCUAUAUGUGUGGUCUGCUACAUGGCGGGUGUGGCCUGGUUCAUGGGGCUUGCCUUUGAGCCCUUCACUCUACGGACGUACAUGUCAGAGAACGCCAUGGGCUCCACUAUGGUAGAGGAGCGUUUCCCGGCUGGAGAGAGAGCUCUGGCCACAGGCAGGGAGUUUGCAGCACACAAGAGGAAAGCUGGUGGUAUGCCAGUGGAUUGGCUGGUGAAGACGAUGCAGGCUCGUGGGCUAGAAGUUUAUACCCAAAGAUUCUCUCGCACCCUUCCUUUCCCUGAUGAAAACAAGGAGAGAUAUAUGGUGAAAGGCACAAACGUGUAUGGAAUCCUUCGAGCCCCCAGAGCUCCACGGACAGAAGCCCUGGUGCUGAGUGCUCCGUGCAGUCCAGGAGAUGACAACAACCAGGCUGUGGGGCUGCUGCUUGGACUGGCACAAUACUUUAGAAAUCAAAUUUACUGGGCUAAGGACAUCAUAUUCUUGGUGAAUGAGCAUGAUCUGAUUGGCAUGCAGGCUUGGCUGGAAGGCUACCACCACACCAACACAACCGGCAUGGAUUGGUCUCCUCUGCAGGGUCGUGGAGGUUCAAUCCAAGCGGCCUUGUCUAUAGAACUAAACAGUGACGUUGUGACCAGUUUAGAUCUUGUUUUGGAGGGCCUGAAUGGGCAGCUUCCCAACCUAGACUUGGCAAAUCUUUUCUAUGCAUUUUGCCAGAAGAUUGGAGUCCUCUGCACCAUUCAAGGAAAGUUACAGAGGAACGAUUGGGACAGUGUUUCGGGCUAUAGUCAUGCUGUCCAAACGAUGAUGCUGAUGGUGAUGAAGCAGGCCAGCGGUCGGCCGUGGGGAGAUCACGGCCUGUUUCUGCGCUACCACAUUGAAGCAGCCACCAUCAAAGGAAUCAACAGCUUCAGACAAUACAAGACUGACGCUACCACUAUUGGCAGACUCCUUGAAGGGAUGUACCGUAAGCUGAACAAUCUCCUGGAGCGUCUUCACCAGUCCUACUUCUUCUACCUCAUGCCUUCACUGUCACAUUUUGUCUCCAUCGGAUACUACAUGCCUGCCUUUGGUCUGUUGGCCGCCAUCCUCUUCAUGCGUGCCUUAGAUCUUUGGGUUCAACUGACAGCUCCACCACCACCAGAAGAUGGAGUUGCUCCCAUUAAACAAUCCAGUAUGGGGGUCCUGUCAGUGCUGACCCCUCUGGUGAUCAGUCAUGUGACCGGAGCAGCUCUGUAUGCACUCCCCAUCCACUUCCAGGAGGUGGCAGUAGAACACUUCCCUGUGUCUGAGACUGAGGCUGUGGUGCUGACGGCUAUUGCAGUGUACACAGCUGGCCUGGCACUACCACACAACACACACAGGCUGCUGUCAGGAGAAGGCACGGAGCAGGGCUGGAGGGUGCUGAAGCUCGUGGCAGUGCUGUAUCUGGCCGUGCUGUUGGGCUGCACCGCUCUUAUUAACUUCUCUCUGGGCUUCAUCCUGGCUCUCACUCUAGUGCCCAUUGCAGCCUUCGUCACACCGCAUGUCCCCAAGGUGCUGUCAGCUUUCAUCUUGGUGCUCCUGAGUCCGGCCUGCACCUUGCUCUUCUCCGUCUUCUUCUUCCAGGAGUUGCAGGAGAUGCCCGUGAGCUUCCAGGAGGGUUGGAUGCUUUUCCUGUCCGUCAUAUCUCAGGGAAUUCUGGACCACUCCCUGUACGGAUCUCUGGUUUACCCCCUCAUCUCCCUGCUCGUCUACCCAUGCUGGCUGCUUUUCUGGAACAUCCUUUUCUGGAACUAGAGCCUACAAUGAUGAGAGUUGAAUUUGAUAAGAACUUAUUUGCAGGCCAUUAAGACUUUAAAUGACCUUUGACCCAAGGAAUAGGAUGAGGGAGUGUGCUGUGUACGCAUCUGUUGAUUCAAGAGUGUAGCUCCCUCUACUGAUCAUCAGGUCUCUGGGAAUGUAGGGAACUUUUUGUUUUAAAGACUCACUCUAAGAAAUUACAGGAAUACAGUAUAGCAAUUGAAAACUCAGCUGGACAAAAGUUUUAGAGUGAAGAUGUUUGCUACUCAGCCAAGCAGCUUCUUCUGUUCUGGUCAUGUACUACUGGGACAUCUCUGUAGGAGGAGGAUUUGUUUACAGUUUUCACUUGGUCUAUUGAACUACAAUAAGUAUGAAAUGUCUGCAAAAAAUCUUUACUUCACAAAACUUUUGUCCACUUGAUAGAAUUGAAUUUUCUUUUGUUAUGAAACCUACCUGAACAACUGAGGGAUUACACAGGAAUAAAGUCUAUGUUUUUAAGGGGUUCUAUGUUGUAUUUGCAGCUAAACACUGUAUAUUUAUUGAAAUGAUUAAUUUUUUAUUAGGUUUUCAGCAUAAAAUCGAAACACAAAUCUAAAAUAUUUUUCAGCAAAAAUUAAAAACUUCAGAUGAAAUCGUUAAAAGCAGACAGUAUUUAGUAAACCUAUAGUAUCUGCAGUUGGAAUAGUUUGCUAUUCUUUCACAUUCUGUUAAUAAUCAAAUUAAAUAAACAAUAAAUUGUGAAAUCUUACUUUAAAAAACUAGAACACUGAUAAAUAAUGGUAAAUCAGUAACACAGAAACAGAAAUGACUAAAUUACACUAUACUUGCAAAUGUUACAAUUGUUUUUUGCCUUUAUAAAAUUUUAAUGUUCUUUUUGCACUGUUUUUUGUUCUGUAUGUUAUGGGAGGUGGCUUGUGUCUGAGCCAUCAUGACAAAGGGUACUAGAUUUGACUGCCUUUUACAUGUUUUUUUAUUUAUACUGUUGAAAUAAAAUGUGAAAUAAAUGU